CGCACGGCUCAUCUUAAAAACUUUUCAACUUUUUCGGUGACAGGAGAGUCGCCGGCGUCAGCGUGGUGACCGAGCGUUUCCCCGCAGCGUUAUAAUCAGCAGGACCUGCGGACGGGCGUCUCGAGUCCGCCGGAAUAAAGUUAAAAGUGAAAUCGGCGAGCUUGCAGCCAGCGGGGCGGGACGCGAAGUUUGCCGUCACUUUUUUUGACAAGUUUCCUUCACGGACGGGGAUCUGAGAGUGACCACGAGAGGUUCUUUCUUCAUUCUUGCACCUUGAGACAACCAUAGCCUCACCAGAAUGGCCAUCUACCUUCCCUUCCUGUUCCUUCUCCAGACCCUUUGCCCCUUGACCACUGCAGGCCCGUUCUCCCGGAGCCCAUGUGAGCUGUUGCCCGUUGGGGAGGGGCACCCAGUGCAGGCGGUGCUGAAAAGCUUCACCGUGUUAUCCGGCUGUGCCAGCAAGGGCACCGUCAGCCUCCCACAGGAAGUACACAUCAUCAACCUGAGGAGGAACGGCCCUAACAGCGGCUUGGAGAAGACCAUGGAGGUGACCCUUCAUCUGAAGCCCAUACAGUCCUUGAAGGUCCACCAGAGACCCCUGGCUUUUGUGCUGAACUCACCGCAGCCCGUCCUCUGGAAGCUGGAGAUGGAGAAGCUGGCGCCGAGCGUCCGGCGCGUUUUCCACGUAUCCAGGGGCUCCGAUAUGGAGAUGGGACAUUUGUGGGACUCCUGUGAGGUUGAGAAGGAGGAGCUCCCUCAUGCCAACGAGCGCCUGCUGGCCUGGGCCAACGAGAAGUUCAAGGCUGUCACCUCCUUCUCCGAGCUCCGCAUCACCAGGAAUGUGUACAUCAAUGUGGGAGAAGACCUCACCUUCUCCAGCACCUGCAAGAUUGACAACAACUUCCUGUCCCUGAACUACCUGGCGGGCUAUGAGGACCCGCAGCCGUCUCGGGGCUGCGUCCUGUCGGGUCGGAACCACAACCGCGAGGUCCACAUCAUCGAGCUGCAGGCCCCCAACUCCAGCAGCGCGUUCCAGGUGGACGUGAUCGUGGAAGUCAGGCCCCUGGCCCCGCAUCGCCCCCUGCAGCGAGACCUCGUCCUCCUGCUCAAGUGUGAGAAGUCAGUCAACUGGGUCAUCAAGAGCCAUGGCGUCACCGGCACCCUGGACAUCGUGACGUCGGACAGCGUCAAUCUGGACCCAGCCGUGGACAAGAGCACAGCGAAGAUCCACAAACACCACCUCCCUUCAGAUCCUCAGGCACUGAUCCGGUGGGCUGAAGACCACCGCUACAGCCCGGUGACCUCCUUCACCAGCACGCCUGUGGCUAAUCACUUCAACUUGCAUCUGAAGGAGCCAGAUAUUCCAGAUGAUAUCCUCGAGAGGGAACUCCCUCCUGUCCUGUUUCAGCCUGACCCCCAGCCAGGUUCAGAGGGCCUGCCCUUCCAACGGGGCCGCCCCUUCUCCCUAUUCCCACCCGUGGAUGGACCCUUGUCAGAAGACGUGCCCCUGAGCCUUGCCAUUGACAUUGAGCUGAGCGUGCAGUGUGAGGAGCAGACGAUGGUGGUGAUCCUGCCCCAGGAGAGGCUGGAGGCACUUGGGCUUAAGGAGCCAGAGGUCACCCUUUUGGACCAGUCAUGCAAAGCCAGACACAACGGCACUCACUACGUCCUGGAGACCCCGCUGAUGGGAUGCCAGACCACCAAAUUCUCCAGCCUUCCGGCCGUCUUCAUCAACCAGGUCCUGAUCCACCAAUCGGAAGGCCAGGAAGAGAGUGGCUGGCAUGACGACUAUGAGGACAUGGAGUCGGGUGACGGGGGCUUCCCCUCAGACGUGGAAGGGCAGGGCAGGCCUUUCUUGCAGCACAGGGAGCCCAUGCUCUACUCCAUCAUGUUUAACUGCACCUACGGGAAGCUGCCAGAGGCCCCACAGUCCAGGGUCCCCAAGCCUGAUACCAAAAAAGGCUUGGUCAGCAAAGGUGUGACCUUCAGCAUGGAGCUCUACGACUCGGACCUCUUUCAACACCAUAUGCCUGAAGUCCCACUCAGAACUGCAGACAACAAAUCCAUAAAUGUGGAGGUUACUAUAAAUCAAGCGGAUAACGAUAUGGAUUUCAUGAUCCAAGCAUGCCACAUCUCGCCCUGUGACAACGCCAACGAGAUGCUUGACUAUGCAAUCAUCGAGAACGUCUGCCCGACAGAGGACUCGCUGGUAUUCCUCACGCAGGCAGCCGACUUCCUCCCUGUGCAGGAGUGGACUGGUACAAAGAAGUUCAGCUUCACCUUCAGGUCAAAGUUCAAAGAGACCAUUCAGUUCCUCCACUGCCAGAUAACUCCAUGCACCGAGGGGCCUUCUGACAGCCGAGGACUGCCCAAGUGUAUGUCCCCGGAUGAGGCCUGCACUUCUGCCGACUUCAGCUUCAUCAUGUCCAUGACGAUGAACGCCGAGACCAUCACCCGAGCGCUGGCGGUGACAUCCAACCCGGAGCCCACAGAGCCACAGCAAACUCUGUCCACGGUAGAUCCUGACGACACCGUGCAGCCUAACUCUGCAGCGCACGUGCUGAACACCCCCACCGUGGUCGGGAUCGCCUUCGCGGCUUUCGUCAUCGGUGCUUUGCUGACGGGAGUCUUGUGGUUCAUAUAUUCACACACGGGUGAGACGGCCGGCCGGCAGCAGGUGCCCCAGUCCCAGCCAGCCUCGGAGAGCAGCAGCGCCGCCCACAGCAUCGGCAGCACGCAGAGCACGCCCUGCUCCAGCAGCACUGCCUAGCCGACAUGCGCCCGCCAGCGCAUGCCCUGGGAUGAAAGGGAUUACUUUGGAUUGUUCUUUAAAAGACAGAACAGCCCCCCCCCCCCCCAUUCAGUGUGUUUUUAUGGUUCUGCAACCAAAGAACGACGUUCACUUGACAUGCCGAGGUUCGGAGCAGCCCGAAAUGCUGUACUGCCAUCCCAUACAAGCUGUGAUGGAACCGAUGCGAAUGGUUCUGGACAUGCAGGAUCUAAGGGGAAAGCAGCAGAACGCCAGUCAGAUUUUUAAUUCCUUACCAGUGGGGGGGGGGAGACAUCGAAAAGCUGUCCAUCUAAAUCUAUAUAGACAAAUGUCUGACAAAGAAUAGGGCUAUCUGUAAUUAUGUUAAUAAUAUAGUUUUUAUUGCUGUUAAUAUUGUAAAUAAGUCAAAUUUUAACCUCUAAAAUGGCCAAACAUUAUUUUCAACUAAUAAUUAUUUAAUUUUGUUAAACAUCCUACAACAGGGGUAGGAUCCUGAUCCUGGAGGGCUGGUACCCACCCAGUAUUCCAUCCUUCCUGAGUAGUUACCAUCUGCCUGAGAUCAACUGUGGUUCAUCAGAGACCAGGUGGGAUGGAAAACCCGCUGGAUACAGACACUCCGGGAUCAGGGUCGCCUGCCCCUGUGCUCCAGUAUAUCACGUUAUACUGUCUCCCGAUUGGGCAUUAAACAAAAAAAAAAUAGUUUUUGCUUGAGAUAUUAUGUGACUUUUCUGGGUCUUAUGCCACUAUCUCCUGUGACAUGCUCGCGUGUUCAUGUGCCUGAUCUGGGGCUUGUCCGUUAAGCUGAACGUCUACGCCUGUAUUCCCACCCGGACAGGUCAUGUGACCUUUUCACUCCUCACCGACAUUAGAUAAUGUAUCUUGGAAUUCAGGCUCACUGCCCACAUGGUGAUACAGGGACCGUAGAGGUGCUCGUUUGCUCUGACGCCACCAGGAAAUCCAUUUAGGGUGUUUUGCCCUUUGAACAUUCACAUCUUUGUAGCCUUUGCAGACAUGGACAGAUGGGGCCGUCGUGUUGCUCCCAGAAUCCUGAGCGACCCGCUCAGUGAGCGACGGUUACCGUCUGUGAUUCUCAUGCUGUUGUGUGAGUGUGUGUGUGUGAGUGACUGAGUGAGUGAAUGAGUGAGUAAGUGAGCUCUGAGUAUUUACCACAGAUGAUAUGUAUUCUUAGUUUACUAUACAUGCAUGUAAACGUCAUCAUCAUAAGCAUGCUGUGCCCACUGCCACUCAUUUAAUCACACCGUGGGGAAGUGUGGGAGGGUAUUUUUGUUCCUGUAUUGUUCUUUUUUUGAACCUUAAAGUGACGGGAAAUUUUGUAAGUUUGAUAUAUUUGUACUAAUCAUACAAUGUAUAUAUGUGAAACAAAGAUAUAUUUAGACUAACUGUUUGCAUAAACCGUUAGAAUUAGCUGUACAACAGUGUUACCACCUGCAGACCUUAUAGAUUGUAUAUUAACGCAAAAGCUUUUUAAGUCCGGUGUGUAAAACCUGUAUAGGGGUCUUCAGAGAAGACCAGAGAGUAUUUUAGUAACACAUGUAUAUUUUUAUUGUUUUGUGGGUCGUUUGUAUAGAGGUAUAUAAGCAUAUUUUUUAAGGUAUGUACCUGAGAGCCAGCAUAUCCCGUUCUGUUCGUACUGUGAAUCUUUGCCCGCUGUUGUAUUCUUCUACUGCUGCGUUUCAUUGUCUUGCUCCCCUUCCUGAUGUCUGGGUUCUGUGCCGCGUCUGAAAAGAGUUGUAAAAAGAGAGGAUAUUGGAGCCGUGCUGACCAGAGUGGGCUGCCGCUGACUGGCACUCAGGCAGCUGCAGAAGACACGUUCUCCAGACGCCACUGCAGAGCUUGUGUAGCUUAUUUGCACCUGAUAUUUGUUGUUUUUUUUUGGGAGGGGAUGGGGGUAUUAUGUUGUUUGUUAUAGCUAUUGGAUGCUACAAUCAGCCAUUUAGAUGUCUUGUAAUCGAUAAAAGCACUAUAAUUUUGCAGUUCACUACCGAUGUUGAAUGAAUGAAUGAACGUUACAUUUAUAUAGCGCUUUAAGACACCCAGAACGC